CCCGGAAGUGCCGGUCGAAGUUGAAAAGAUGUUUGCGUCUAGUCGGUUUACGCGUAGAUAUGCGGCGUAUAUAGCGAAACAUUCUUCUUCAAAUGGUCAGAAUCACAUGACAAGGGAAGCCGCAUUGUUCCAAUCAGCAAAGUACAGUACUAAUCCAGAUGAUGACUAUCUGCAUAGAAGCAAGGUGCCUAGUGACCAUUUCCAGAAGAGUUUACCCCACCUGCCCAUUCCAAAGCUAGAAGACACAUGUGCUAGGUACCUCAAGGCACAAGAACCUAUGCUAGAUGCGGAACAGUACAAACAGACAGAAAAAAUUGUAAAUUCAUUCCAAACAGGGGAUGGGGAAAGUCUCAACAAAGAAUUAGUGGCAAGGGAUAAGAAAAAUAAAGAAACAAGCUAUAUCACAGGUCCCUGGUUUGACAUGUACCUCAAGGACAGAUCACCUAUAGUGCUGAACUAUAAUCCAUUCAUUGCAUUUAAUGAUGAUCCAAACCCAGCCUACAAUGACCAAUUAACCCGAGCCACCAACAUGAUUAUGUACUCUGCAAAAAUGUACAAGACCCUCAAAGCCAAUAUCUUAUCCCCGGAGGUUUUCCAUCUUAACCCCGCUAAAAGUGACACUGAUACAUUCAGGAACUUUGCAAGACUGCUGCCAAAAUCCCUGUCAUGGUAUGGGGCAUAUCUAUUCAAAGCAUUCCCUCUAGAUAUGAGUCAGUACCACCGCCUCUUUAACUCAACAAGGAUACCAAGGUUGGGUCGUGAUGAACUUGCCUCUGAUGGAGAUGGAAAACACUUAUGUGUAAUGAGAAAUGGAAAUUUCUACACAUUUGAUGUCUUAGACUCUAAUGGGAACAUCAAACCUGCGUCAGAAAUCCUUGCUCAUAUUAAGUAUGUCUUAAAUGAUAAUGCCCCAGUACCUGCCCCGGGCAAGAGGGUGGGGGUGAUGACCACAGAGAAUAGAGACACUUGGGCUAAAGUCAGAGAUGACCUGUUAGCUGCGGGAAAUGAAGAUGUAUUAGAAAAGAUUGAUUCAGCGAUGUUUGUACUGAUCCUGGAUGACGAUGCUAACCUUGAUAAUAAAGCACUUUGCCACUCAUUUCUACAUGGUAAAGGUCAUGACAGAUGGCUGGAUAAAUCCUUCUCUCUCAUUGUAUGUAAAGAUGGCAAGAUGGCAGUGAACUUUGAACAUGCCUGGGGGGAUGGUGUAGCAGUACUUCGCUACUUCAAUGAGACCUUCAAUCACAGCACAAGCAACCCCUUAGUGCACCCUGAUACAAUUCCUAUGUCAGUGGACUCAUCUUCAGCUGUUAGGAAGCUUGAAUUUAAAUUCACACCCUCAAUCGAAGAGUCAAUCAAAUCUGCCCAGAAAAAGUUUGACAA